AUGCAGCUCAUUACUCCUUUCUUUCUACUUAUAGCUGGCGUGACCGCCUCCCCUCUUAUUGGAAUCAACGUUGGGGGCCUCAGCGUCGGUGUUGCCCUUUCUAGUCCUCUCAUUAAUUUAAGUUUGGAAACAAGCAAGUCAUCUUCUGCUGUUGCUACUUCUACUAAGGGAACGACUACCACUGCAACCACGGCCCCGACCAUUACUGCAGCCUCUCAACCGACUAUGCCUUCGUCUUUCUCUGCUCCGGUCCAGGGCCAAGGCAUCCUCACUCUUGACAACCUGCCUGCUAUGCCAGCCGUCAUUGACAAGAGUCUUUCUGGUGUUCUUGGCGUUGUUUACGGUCUUCUGUCUGGAGUUUGCAGCACUGAUUAUAAGUGCACUAUCACUGUUGCAGGAUCUAUUCAAUCUUUGCUUGUAGAUGGCGACAAGUACGCAAUGAAUAGCACUAUUUCAGCGUGGUGCGAUCAGGGUCGGUGCUACGGCUCUGCCGAUAUCCCUCUUACUGCUACCGCUCCAUUCAUCAUCACUUGCGACCACUUGACUGGAGGCACCAGUGCAUGCUCGGCCACUAUUUCAGGAGCUGCUUCCGCUAUCUUCACUAACGGCAGGCAAACUUUAGAACUCUGGGGAUGGAUCACACCCGCUGGUUACUGCAAGGAUGGUAUUUGCGUUGCUUCUAUUACCGCGGUUGGCGACCCAAUGUACUAA